UUUUAAUUUGAUAUUUUUGUUAAAUUGAAUCGUGAAUAAUUUGUGUGCGCAAGCGUAUACAGUAUUUGUAUUCGUCCAAACCCCUUAGUUGUCUGUAUAUCAUAACUUUUAUUUUCAAAAGUAAAGAUAGAACGUUGAACAUGAAACAAACAAUAGUUACAAGCUUAAAAACUUACAAGUACAAUAACGAUUUUGUAGAAAAAAAUAUUGAAUAUGCAAUUCAAAUAAAUCGAUGGCUUUUAACUCCUCUCGGUAUUUGGCCGCUAUCAUCAAAAUCAAAUUUACUUGAAAGAGUAAUUAACUAUAUAAUUAUAAUUAUAUGCUCACUAUUAUUAAUAUUCAUAAUUGUACCGGGUAGUCUUUUUACUUACGUAAAAAUAAAAAAUCCUGCAAUAAGAAUAAAACUAACAGGAGCGUUGAGUUUUUGUGUGAUGGCAAUAAUAAAAUAUUACUCACUGGUAUCCGGGCGUAAAAAUAUUGCAGAUUGCAUCGAACACUUGGUUUCAGAUUGGCUACGAAUAAAUCCAUUAAAUAACCGUGAAAUAAUGUUAAAAUAUGCUCAAUUGGGACGUUACGGUUCAAUAAUUUGUGCUCUUUUUAUGUAUGGUGGUGGUUUAUUUUAUGCAGGUAUACUUCCACAUGUAUCAGCAAGUGUUAAAAAUGAAAACAAUGUAACUAUUCGGCCAAUAGCUUAUCCAAGUUACUAUAUUAUUUUUGAUCCACAAGAAAGUCCAGCUUAUGAAGUUGUUUAUUCUUUACAUUGCUGCUGUGCAUUUGUAAUGCAUUCAGUUACAAGUGCAGCUUGUAGUCUUGCGGUAGUUUUUGUGAUGCACGCAUGUGGACAAUUAGAUAUUCUCAUUGCUUGGUUAAACGAACUUGUAGAUGGAAAUGAUCACCGUAAAGAAGUCAGUAAGAGAUUUUCCGAUAUAAUCGAACAACAUACAAGAACUCUCAGAUUUAUUGCAAGCACUGAAAAUGUACUAUGCGAAAUCUGUCUAGUUGAGGUUAUAGGGUGUACUUUAAACAUUUGUUUUUUAGGAUAUUACUUGAUGUUGGAAUGGCAGCAAAGUGAUGCUAUCGGAAUAAUGACUUAUACAAUACUUUUGAUAUCCUUCAUAUUUAAUAUUUUUCUUUUCUGUUACAUUGGUGAACUUCUAAAAGCCAAAUGCAGUGAAGUCGGCGAGAGAACUUUCAUGAUUGAUUGGUAUCGUUUACCUGAAAAAAAAGCACUUGGAUUAACUUUGACAAUUGCCACAGCACAAAAUCCUAUCACAAUAACAGCUGGAAAAGUGUUUAAUCUUUCUCUAAAUGGUUUUUGUACUGAGUUUGAAAGAGCAGAAACAAUAGCCACUGUGACAUAUUGUGUUCUUCUUGUAUCAUUUACAUUUAACAUUUUCAUUCUUUGUUAUAUUGGUGAAAUGCUGACCCAACAAGGGAUCAAAGUUGGGUUAACAGCGUACACGAUUAACUGGUAUGAAUUAUCAGGAAAGAAAGCAAAAGAUUUAAUUUUACUUUUGGCAAUGUCUAACUAUCCUAAUAGUAUAACGGCUGGAAAAAUGGCAGAGCUAUCAUAUAACAGUUUUUGUGGUGUUUUAAGAAGUGCUGCAGCAUAUUUGAAUCUUCUACGAACUGUUGUCUUAUAACUAAUUUCGUAAUAAAAAUUUUUCUAAAAAUAGCUAAUGACUGUCAUGUGAAUAAACCGAGAAAUUCGCUUGACAUACAAUUUCUAAGAAGAAUUAUUUUCAAUUAUUAAAUAAUACUUGUCAUUUAUUUAUUUUUUAAAUUUAUAAUAUCGGAAGCGAUCAACUCUCUAUCAACGCAUUAGUGAAAAUCAUGUGGCAAUCACUAUUUGGCAGUGAAUAGUCAUUUAUUGCCAGUCACUAUUUUCGCUAUUUCAAGUUUAAGACAGAAGUUACACGGAGAAAUUAUUCUCGUUUGAAAUGCUAUGGUGUCAUAUUAAAGUCGGUCUAUGUUGGUCACCCGCAGAAAUUGUAUAUAAACAUGUUCAAAACUAACUAUGGCCAAAGUAAAAUUGACAACGAUUAUAGUCAUUUUUGCAUGUGUUUAUUCAAAUUUCCGUCAGAUGGUCACUAUGAUCUGACUUAACUAUGACACUAUAGCAUUUCAUGACACCAAAGAAUUUAAUAACUCAAAUAAGCAAUGCGUUAAUAAUUGAAUGCAUAUCGUUGCCAAAAGGCAACGCACUAUUUUUUGACUCACAAAUAUAAAAUUGCAUGGAGAAAACAAAAUUUUUCUAAUGAUAAUUGAGCACUAACUUUUCAUUUCACGUUCUAAG